AUGGAGAUUGGAGUGGUGAUUAUGAUGAUGGGUGGGGGUAUAUGGGGGGGGUGGAAGAUAGGGUUAGAGGGUGGGGAGGGGGGGGGGAGGGAUAGUUUGGUUUGGAAGUUGUUGUGGAUAAAAAUAGGGGAUGGGGGGUGGGGGGGUUUUUGUGGGUGUGGGGGUGGGGGGGUUGGAAAGUUUGGGGGGGAGUUUGGGGUGGGGGUGGGUAUUGGGUAUGUGGUUGGGUGUUGUUGUGGGGUUGGGGGUUUUUUGGGGGGGGUUGGGGGGUGUGGGGGGGGGUUUUUUGGGUGGUGGGGGUGGUGGGUGUUGUUGAUGGGGGGUGGGGGGGGGUGUUUUUGGGGGGGGGGUUGGGGUUUUUGGUGGGGUUGGUGGGUUGGGGGGGGGGGUGGGAUGGAGGGGUGUUUUGUUGGUGGGGGGUGGUGGGGUGGUGUGGGGGUGGGGUGGGGGGGGGGGUGGGGGGGUGUGGGUGAUGGUUGGUUGUUAGUUAUGGUGGGGGGGGGGGUGGGGGGUUGUGGGGGGGGGGGGGGGGUGUUUGUGGUGGGGGUGUGGGUGUGGGUUUUGGUGGUGGGGGUUGUGGUUUGGGGGGUGGGUGGGUGGGGGGGGGGGGGGGGGGGGGGGGGGGUGGUGGGGGGGGGGGUGUGGGUUGUGUUUGUUGUUUUGGGGUUGGUGGUUGGUUGGGGGGGGGGGGGGGGGUUUUAUUGGGGGGGUGUGGUGGGGGGGGGUGUGGGGGGGUUUGGGUGGGUGGGGGGGGGGUGGUGGGGGGGGGGGGGGUGGUUUGGUGUGGUGGGGGGGGGGGUGGGGGGUGUGGGGGGGGGGGUUUGGUGGGUUGUUGGGUGGGGGGUGGUGGGUGGUGGUUGGUGUGUUGGGUUGGUUGGGGUGGGGUGGGAGGGGUGGGGGGGGGGGGGGGGGGGGAUGGGAAAUUUGGGGGAGGGGAUGGGAGGGGGAUGGGGGGGGUGUGGGUUUUUGGUUAGGGGAUGGAGGUUUAGUGGUUGGGAAGGGAUAGGUGUAGUAGGUUUGGGGGGGGGGUUGGUAGGGGGGGGAGUGAUUGGGGUUGGGGUUUGUGUUUUUUGGAUGUUUUUAGGGGGGGAUUGGGGGGGGGUUUAUGGGAUGGGAAGGAAGGGAGGGUGGGGGUGGAAUUGGUUGGAUUUAUUUGUUGGUUAUGUGUGGGGUGGGGGAGGUUUUUGGGUUGUUGGUGUUGUUUGGUUGGGUUGGGGGGUGUGGGGGGGGGGGGGGGGGUGGUUGGGGGGGGGGUGUUUGUUGGGGGGGGUGUGGUUGGUGUGUUGGGGGGGGGUUGGGUGGGGGGGGGGGUGGGGUUGGUUGGGUUGGUUGUGGUUUUUGGGGGGGGUUGGGUGGGGGGGUUGGUGGGGGGGGGGAUGGUGGGGUGGGGGGGGUUGUUGGGGGGGGGGGGGGUUGGGGGGGGGGGGGGGGUGGUUUUUUUGGGUGUUGUUGGGGGGUGUUGGGGGGGGUUGUGGGGUGGUGGUUGGGUGUGGUGUUGGGGGGGGUGUGUUUGGUGGUAUUGGUUUUGUGUGGGUAUGUGGUAUUGGUUGGGUUGGGGGGGGGUUGGGGUGUUGUGGGUUGGGGUUGGGGGGUGUUUUUGGGGUGUAUUGGUUGGAUUGGGUGUUUUUUUGGGGGGGUUUAUGGGUAGUUGGGGGUGAUUAUGGGUGGUGGUAUAUGGUUUUGUGUUGGGGUUGGGGGGGGGUUGUGUGUGUUUUAUGGGGGGGUUUAUUGUGGGGGUGGGUGGUGUUUGGUGGGGGGGGGUGGUGGGGGUGGGGUUAUUGGUGUUUGUUGGGGGGGGGGGGGGGGGGGGGGGGGGGGGGGGGGGGGGGGGGGGUUUUGGGGGGUGGGUGGGGGGGGUUUUUGGUUGGGUGGUUGGUUGUUGUUUGUAUUGGGUGGGUUUGGGUUGUGGGGGUUGGUGGGGGUUGGGGGUGGUGUGGUGUGUGUUGGUUUGGGGGGUUGUUGUGUUGGUGUUUGGGUUGUAGAAUGGGGGGGGGUGGUGUGGGGAGGGAGGUGUUUGGAUACGGUGUGGGGGGUGGUUUUUGUGGUUGUGUGGUGGUGGUGUGGGGGUGGUGGGGGUGUUGGGGUGGGUGGGGGGGGGGGUGGUUGUGGGUGUGUGGUGGGUUUUUUUUUUGGGGGUGGUGUUGGUGGGGGGUGGUGGGGGGGUGUUGGGGUUUGGGGUGGUUGGGGGGGUGUGGGGGUGGUGUGGGGGGGGGGGUGUUUGGGUGGUUGGUGGUUUGUUUGAAAAAAACGGGCACCCCAGUAGGUGGGGUUGGGGGGGGUGGGGGUUUUGUGGUGAGUGUGUGUGGUGUUGUGUGGGGGUUUGUGGGUUUGGGAUGGUGUUGUUUGGGGUGGGUGGGGGUGUGUUGGUGUUUUUGGUGGGGGUUCUAUGUUUUUUGGGGUUGUGGGGUGUGUUUGGGUUUGGGUGGUGUGGUGUGUGGUGGGGGGUGGGUGGGGGGUGGGGGGGUGGGGGUGGGGGGGUGUUUGGGGUGGGGGGGUGGGGGGGGUGGGGGGGUGUGGGGGGGGGGGGGGGGUGGGGGGGGGGGGGGGGGGGGUUGGUGUGGUGGUGGUUGUUUUGUUGUUGGGUGGUAUGUGUGGUGGGUUGUUGGUUGGGGGGGGGGUUUUGGGGGGGGGGUGUUGGGUGUGGGGUGUUGGUGGGGUGGGGGGGGGGUGGGGGGGGGGUGGGGGUUUGUGGGGUUAGGGGGUGGGGGGGGGGUUGGGGUUAUUGUGGUGUUGUGGGUUUUGGGGGUGGGGUGUUUUUUUGUGAUUGUGGAGUUUUUGUUGUUGAAUGUUGUUGAUAGGGUGAUGUUGGUAGAUAUUGUGUUGUGUAAUAUGUUGGGUGUGGUUUGGGGGUAUUGGUUUUGUUGUUUUUGUGGUGGGGGGUGUGUUGGAGGGGUGAAGGUGGUUAAUGGGUGGGGGGGGGGGGGGGGGGGUGGGGGGGGGGGGGGGGGGGAUGGGGGAUAG